CACCACCACCACCACCACCACCACCACCACCCCGCUCCUCCCCCCGGGUAAUCGAAGGCCAUUCCUUCACCUGGCGCGGCAUCCUCGUCGGCCUGGCCGUCGGCCUGGUCAUCUGCUUCUCCAACAUGUACUUCGGCCUGCAGACCGGCUGGGUCAGCACCAUGAGCAUGCCGGCCUCGCUGAUGGGCUUCGGGCUCUUCCGCCUGCUGCGCGCCCGCCUGGGGCCGCUGCCCUUCUCACCUGUGGAGAAUGUGCUGGUGCAGACGGUGGCGGGCAGUAUGGCCAUCAUGCCGCUGGGGUGUGGGUUUGUGGGGGUGCUGCCGGCGAUGAAUUAUUUGUUGACGCCCGAGGAGCAGGGGCCGAUCGUGCUGGGUUUGGGGAAGCUGGUGUUGUGGAGCUUGGGGCUGUGUUAUUUUGGGGUGGUGUUUGCCGUGCCGUUAAGGAGGCAGGUGGUUAUUAGGGAGAGGUUGAGGUUUCCGAGUGGGUUUAGUACCGCCGUGUUGAUCAGUGUGUUGCAUGGGAAGGCCAAUGAGGGGGAGGGGAAGACGACGACCGAAGGGUUUGCGAGUCUUGCCGCGAGGGAGGGGGAGGGCCAGGUGCAGGCGGUGAGCAGCGCGGAUGGGGAGGGCACCAAACAUGCCGAGUCGUGGAGGCGCAAUGUGCGGUUGCUGUUGAUCUGCUUUUUUGUGUCGGGCGUGUUUACGCUCGCGACCUACUUCCUCCCGGUGUUGAGGAAUAUCCCCGUGUUUGGCUCUGUCGCUGCGAGCACGUGGUUGUGGACGCUCAACCCUAGCUUGGCCUAUGUCGGCCAGGGCAUCAUCAUGGGGCCGGCCACAACGCUACACAUGCUGCUUGGUGCCGUCGUCGGGUGGGGGAUCCUCUCGCCGGUGGCCAAAAGUCAAGGGUGGGCGCCAGCACCGGUGGGUGACUGGGAAAAUGGCAGCAAGGGGUGGAUUGUCUGGAUCUCGCUGGCCAUCAUGUUGGCGGAUGCCGUUGUCAGUUUGGGCUAUCUUGCACUCCGGUCGACCAUCCCAUACUUCCCGGCGUUCCAGUCGGUACCUAGCCGGGUCAAGACGAUGUUGGGUCGGAGGUCGCACGCAGGGUACACCUCUAUCAGCACUAGCACCGAUGCUGACGACACCACUUCAUCACCUAAUCCCAGGGACAGCACAGUCUCGGAUAGAGACGACAACCCCCUGCUCGGCGAACGCCAACGCGAAGAGGAGGGAGAGGAAGAUGACGCACCCGCCGACCAGCAAAUCAGCGACCGUCUCGUCGCCAUCGGCCUCAUCCUUUCUAUCAUCUUCUGCGUUGUUUGCAUCCACAUCGUCUUCGGCGAUCUCGUCCCUCUCUACGCUACCAUCACCGCCGUCUUCAUGGCCCUCGUGCUGAGCAUCAUGGGUGUCAGGGCCCUGGGCGAAACCGACCUAAACCCGGUCUCGGGCAUCAGCAAGCUGGCCCAGCUAUUCUUCGCCUUGAUCAUCCCCCAGUCCAACAAGUCGAGCGUUUUGAUCAAUUUGGUGGCCGGUGCGGUAUCCGAGGCCGGUGCCCUGCAGGCGGGUGACAUGAUGCAGGAUCUCAAGACGGGGCAUCUGCUCGGGGCUGCGCCGAAGGCUCAGUUCUGGGGUCAAGUUAUUGGAGCAACCGCCGGGGCUGUUGUCAGCGCAUUCAUCUACCGGAUGUACACGUCCGUCUACCAAGUCCCGGGUGAUCUCUUCCAAGUCCCCACCGGCUACGUCUGGAUCUUCACCGCCCGCCUGGUCACAGGCAAAGGCCUUCCGCCCAUGGCCAAGGAGUGGGCCAUCGGGUCUGCUAUCCUGUUUGCCCUCACCACCGCCGUGCGGACGCAGACGGCCGGCACACGCUGGCACCCCUUGAUCCCGGGCGGAAUUGCCGUCGCCGUGGGCAUGUACAACGUCCCGUCUUUUACUCUGGCACGGACGAUCGGGGGCCUGCUGGCCUGGUGGUGGCGGUCUACCAUGGGGUGGAAGGAUACGCCCUUGAUUGUGCUUGCUUCAGGCUUCAUUCUCGGCGAGGGGUUCCUGAGCAUUGUGUGUUUGAUCAUGGAAAGCGUUGGCGUCCCUCAUCUUGGGAAUUGAUAGAGGGCGGAUGUCUAGACUACAUUGCGUGGCGUUUUGGAUAUACUGUCGACAUCGAUGAUGACUUGGAAGCAUGGGGGGUUGGAUGAUAGGGCAAGAUACCUGAGUCUCAAGAUACCCGCACAUUUCCCAUCUAUUUUUAUUGCAAGACUACCCA